CACAUUGCAUGCAGAAAUCGCAAGCAACGCUGGAGAGAAAAAAAACGAGUCAACCUCAUCUGAAUAAUAUGGCGAAACAUUCUGGUCGUGAUAUUUCAGCGUGACGGUUAUGGCGAAUUUGAAUGUUACAUCUGAAGACGUGGGAAUCGACGGGCCGGCUGCUGGAGCGAGUCUGGCCGUCAUUUCCGCCGUCUCGCUCGCCGUCAACCUGACCCUUCUUGUCAUCAUCGGAAAGAGGCAGUCUGGAAUCUUGAAGACUGCCGAGAGACUCCUGACACUCUACUGUUGUCUCGAGGCAACUUAUGCUGCGGUGCCGGCCCUGUUGUCAUCAGUCAGCUACCUGGGCCAAUGGCGCGUAAAUGCCAACGAAGUGAUCUGCGAUUUCCACGGCUGGGCCGCCUGCGCUGCAAAAUGCUCGUGUGCUUUCAUCACGACGGUGUUGCUAUUGUCUUGCUAUCUCGAGCAAAGACAAUCCCUAGUUUAUAGGACACAAAUGAGGUUGUUUUAUGCGGCAGUUUUUGGAGUUGUUGUUGUUUGCCUAAUUGCAGCUGUCCCCAUUAUGGGCGGUCUUAAGAUGGCGUCCUUCGAGCCAUCGGGAAGUUACUGUCAUUUCGAUUACCGACAGACGAUCGGCUUUUUACGAGGUUUUUGCAUCUCGCUUGUUUUAGCUGGGUACAUUCUGCUGCAGACAACACUGUUUUGUUGCGUGUCGAUCUUGUGCGAUAGGAGACGUAAUACAGGCCGGGAUUUGGAACGAGGGAUCAGAAAAUCUAGUCAUGGGUUCAACCCUGAAACAAGAGGGCGCAAGUCACUGGCGUCACGAAGUCAGCAAAGACGGGGAGGUUUGAAUGAUGGAAAUGGUGUCGUGCCUCGGAAUCUAAGACAACAAGAUAAAGGCAGCCAAGAAAGUGAAACGUUUACAACUACAGUGCUUGUAAUGGUGACAGUGCUUUGGUUAUGCUUCCUACCUUUUUUGAUUGUGGUCGUUCUGGCGCAAACUGGCAUUCCAAUUCUUUCCCGUGUGGACUUCGCCGUGGUGCGGGUGUUGUCAGUAGAGGGCGCCUUGAACCCUAUUCUUAUCCUGGUGACUUUCCCGCCCUAUCGCCAGAGAGCGCUAGAGAUUCUGACUUUACCUACUCGGGGGUGCGUCGGAAGAAGAUCCAGAAAUCAAAGGCAUGGACUAUAUGUUCCAGACUCAAAGCGUAUCGGCCUGUCCGAGUCUGUGGUCUACGAUGAUUCUACUCUGCUGGAUUCAAAGGCUUGGUAUCUGGUCAAACCAAAUAGAUCAUUCGCCAGAUCCUAUAGCACAGGUGACCUCACAUCCCAUGUUACUGGCCAUGGUAUCACAGGUGGAUUGCAUCCCCACGGUGCCAGAGACACACGCUACCAAUCAUCUCUCCGAUCCAUCCUCCAGCCAUCUAAAUCAUCUGAGAUGCUCUCCCAGUCACAGGAGAAGCGUCGACGCAGUAUCCACUGGGAGGAUGGUGUUAACAUGGGUCGGGAGGUCACACAUAGGUCAAAGGUCAUCUUGGUUCAGCAAGGCCCAGACAAAGCGAAGACUGGACUUGAUUCCGUGUGUUAUAUUGAUGACGAGGAGGCAUCCUACAGCAGUGAAACAGGGAGUUCAUAUAGCGAUGAGUGCACUAGUGAGUCUGACCAUGCUGCCGACUACCACUGCAGUAAAUCAGCUCCACCUGUUUACAUCAUUAAUGGGAGAGCCUAUUACACUCCAGCAACAUCAAUACAAGGAACUAUUUACUGCCAAUGUGAACAGUGUGAACGUAGAAUGGAACACCAGACUAAUGCAGACAGAGACCCUUCUUCCCUAGGGGAGGGGAAAGGCAUGCUGGCAACUACUCGGGUCUAUGGUAGGGCUGAGCAGCGGGCAGGCACAGCUCCAUAUGAAAGCUCAACUAUCACAACCGAUGGGCAAGAAGUAUCAAGUCCAAAGAGCAAGAAACCAAGGGUGCUCAGGAAACAAGUGGAGAGGCUAAGAAGAAUAAGGCAACACGAGAUUGAGACUAGUCAGCACAAAGGUCUGAUUGUGAGGGCUCUGGAUGAAAAUGCUCCUGGUUAUUAUCAAGAGAUAUUAACGGAUUUACAAGAUUUACCAAACAAGAAUCAAACGACUCACACAGACUAUCCUUAUAAUGAGGAACUGGAUAGGGACACAUUGCAAAACUAUGGUGAAUCAUGCAAUGAACAUGAUAUCAGAGAUGAUGUUCACAGGAUCCCAAAUCAGCAAUAUGAAGACCAGAGACGCAGUGCUACCAACAGGCAAGAGCAAUCUAGUUAUAAUAUCAACGUUGGUGCCGUACAACAGGUCAAUGAUGAUGACCUGAACAACAGGAUAAAGGUUCAGAAACAAUUCAGAAAUGUUCUGACAGUUAAUGAAUUCCCAGAAAUGAUUGCUCAAACUGACGUGGAUCAAGCAACAACUUCCUUGCAUCUUCCAAGAGAUGGUCACAAUAGCCCUUCAAACAUAAUGGACAGCCAAGCUAAUCAUGAGAGGUUCAAUCCCUCUUGGAGUAUCCGUCCAUUAAAUGUGGAGACUAGACAAGAUGAUCCACAAUUAAGUGUCACCUCAGAGCAUCUUGGCAGAGGCAUGGAAUCACUGAAGCAUCUUGAGAUGCACUGCGAGCAUCUGCUAGAGCGAUCCCUGUCUUUCAGAAACAACCCAGAGAAUGAAAGCAGCACUGCAGGUCAGGCAGUGAUAAGCAAGGAGCUAGCACAGGCAAAAACCAGUCCUAUGCAGUUGCCUACUGAAGAAUCGGUGCCUAACAAGAUAUUUGGAAUAAAUACGGCAGAGAGAAUGCAGGAGGUACAGCAACUUACAGACACAAUGAUACCUCAAGAGGUUCUAGGGAGAGGUACAAUGCAGGUGACAAAUGAAAGGCAGGAAAUAAGACAGGAAUCGAUACCCAGUGAGGUAUGGAUGACAAGUAAAACACAGAUGCCUCACAAGAUGCAAAGUGAUUUACCAAUGACAAGUGAGGUUCGGGUGCCUCAUGAGAUACCGAGGACAAAAACAGAACAGGAGACAAGUCAAGUACAGCAGACCACAGAUCAAACACUGAUGUUUAACGACGUAAAGGUGACUGGUGAAGCAAAGAUGCAGUACACGGUGCUUGAGAACAACAAAGUUGAGGUUCAAAACACAGAACAGGCAACACUAUUAGAAAUGCCUCCAGAGGUUCUUAGUGGCACUCGGGUAAAUCACAAGAGACAGAAACCUAGUGAGGUGGCAACAUCUAGUGAGACACAGAUGAUCUCUCAACAAAUUCAAAUGCAUGCGGCCUGUGAUCAAACUGCCCACAUGAAAUUGGAUGAAAGCCCAGGUGUCUGCAAUAGCAGCAACACUUUGAAGAUUUCAUCCCAAGAUGCACGAGCAGAACAGAGUUAUCAGAGUAGGGUAGGUGAGGACAUAGAUAAACCUAGCUCUCUCAUGGGUCAAGCAACAAUGGUUAACAAUGUACCAAUGGAGAAGGACAUAGUCUUUCAUGGGUUGAAGUCCGAGGAUCCUCAAGUCAUAAAUAUUCUUUUUCAGAAGGUUAUCAUGAAACCCGAAAAUCAAGGCAGAGAGGUACCUCUCGGGGAAGUUAACGUAGUUAGGAGACCAGGCGAUGCAAAGGUUGAUGAGAUAAGACAAGAAUCACACACCAUCUUACACAUCGACACUAUAAGCAGAAGGCAAGAACAAGAGAUAAGCAAAGGUGAUGAACAGCCUAUCAAAAAUCAGACAACACUUGAACAGGGUCAGCAGAGACAGGGUGAUCAGAAUAACAGUCAAGGUCAGAAUGGUGAGGACUUACCAACAAGCCAUGACAUUCCAUACCGGCAUUUCUUGAGAAGCAUCAAUGGAACCCCUACCAAGAAUGAACAGCAUGCCAUUCCAUCCAUCCAUGUCACUCCCUCUGACAGUAAUGAUGUGGUGUGGGCAUCAGAGAGUGAUGAUUCUGUGGAAUCGGAUAGUUCAGUUGAGUCACUGUUCUGCAAACCACCCAUGCUUAAACUGGGGAGUAAGAGACGCAAAGGAAAGAAUAAUCUCAUGAUACCUUACUGGCUGAAUACACAGUCCCAUACUACAGACACCUGUUUUUCUGAAAUGGGUAGCCAUUCAGAUAUCAGAUCAGCUAUCAACAAUGAUGGAAGUAAUAGAAGUAGUGACACAACUGGACACGAAAAUGCACACCGUCAAAGUGCAGUUGAGGGCCAAUUAGAUUCAACAGAGAUCUUGACUAACAAUCAAAUGGAUGCUGGGAUAAGCGUGAGAUAUUUUGAAAUCAAAGAGCCUCCCAAAUCAAAUGAAAAACUUCAACUCUUGCAACAAGAAGCACAGUCAAAUGGACACAUGAACACAAAUGAACACAUGAACAUUACACAGCAAGUAUCCAAGAGUGAUAAUGAAACCACAUUACAAAUUAAUACAAAACAGGAGAUCUCCCAAGGAAAAACUGUAGGAUGUGACGCAAAUCCCAACAGUCUAAGACAGGGUAUUAAGAGUACAUCAAAGAAUUUUAAACAAGACAAUAUGAAUAACAACACCUUGAAUUCCAGUCAAAAUGAGACUAUAGGGGUGUCCUUACAGACGCCAACCUGCAGUCAAGGCAGACGGCGGUCCCAGUCAAUAGACAGUGCGACCAUAAUUGAAGGUUUUACUUCCAAGGGGCUACGUGGUGUUGGUGGAAGUGACUGCAAUGAGGACUUUCAGGAUACUCCAAUUAAGAUGGCGACGAGAAGAGCGUCUUUGCCCCAGCUUAUGUUGAGAGGAAAUCCAAAGAAAGUGUACAUAAAGAGUGAAAUUCUUUGAAGAAAAACCCAAAGGUUCAUCGUAUGAAAAUGACAGUUCAUUUCGUUAAUGAGACAUGAAGAAAACCAUGAUGUCACAAUAAGCACACCUUAGGAUCAGGGUUGAUGUUCAUUCCAAGUUUCAAGUUCAUACUAUGUGCCAUUUAGAAGGAAAAAGUUGCAGAGAUUUAUUGUCUAGAAAAAAAAGGAAGCAAGAAAGCAGGAAAAAACUAUUGAACAGUUUUAAACACAGGUCAAGCCAGAUCAUGUUUAUUAUAGUUAUAUGCACAUGUAAUUAUGUAUGCGAUGCACAAAAUUUUUGUUUUUAAGGUUUCAAGAUUGCAUUAUGAACCUUUCAUUUCAGUAUUCAGAUUAAAUUUUACAAUAAACAUGACAAUAUGUACUGCAACUGAAGGUAUGUCAUUUAUUGUUUUUUAAUCUUUCAUAACUGUUCUAUUGUCCAAGCACUCACAAAGCAGUGAGUUUUAAUUAAAAAUUCCAUGAAGAAUUAAAAAAACUGCUCACGAAAUUGUGAGCCUUGUUACUGUAAAGUA